AUGGCUUGUUUCUGCUGGUGCAAAAAGUCACCUGCCAAAAACCCUUCCCCAGUGAAAUCCUCUCCAGUGGUGUCCCACCCUAGUUCUCCCUCUCCUACCAACCCUCUGGAUCGUCAUGGAGACACCAGUCAGGAGGGCACAACAGUCAGACCUCUGUCUCUUCAGGACCACUCUAGUCCAAGGCCCCAGAGACCAGUCUCAGCCACCAGAAGCAUGACUCUUCCCAGGACCAGCUCAGCCACCAGAGGGUCAGAAGAGACCCAGGGGGCCAGAGGAGAACAGGGGGAACUGGUCAACAUGGAACUUCUUGGAGAUAUGAAGGUUAUGAUUAAUCUCUAUGUGUGUACUGAUGGCUGCUUCUUCUUCACAGUGCCUCCUGGUCCUGCCUUCCUUCUCAAAGGAAAUCCUGCACCAGGAACAACUCUGGAGCUCCUCCCCUUCUCCAACCUGCUCAGGAGUCUGUCUGAUGUGCACCGUUCGGGUUUACCUGACAGUGUGGCAAACCAGGCCUCAAAAGCAGACCUCAUGUGGAAGGUCAAGUACUCCUUGUCGGGAUACGAUUUGAAGUAUCUGGGGGACACGCAACAGGACGCACACGAGUUACUCAUCAAUAUGCUGUGCCAGCUGAAGGAGGAGGGCAUGAUUCUGAAGACACUCGGGAUGAACUAUACCUGCCCUGUUUCCCAGCUGGAGUUCCAGCUUGUGUCGGUGCGCACAUGUACCAGCUGUGGGCGCGAGUCGUCUACCAGAGAGGACUACAACCACCUCUCAUUGGACUUCAGCCCUGAGCGCACCUUGCUGAACAGCCUAGCACUCACUUUCAAAAGUGAACAGGUUGAAUUCACAUGUGAGGGCUGUAAAGGCCUCCACGCCUCAAAGGUGGAGCAGUUCCACACACUGCCUCUUGUGCUGGUUCUGCAUCUGAAGAGGUUUGGAGGACCUGGGGGGUUGGAGAAGCUGGAGGCUCCUCUUUUGUUUCCUUCGGAGCUGAGGCUCUCCACCCUCUGUGGGGACAUGGUGCCACACCUGCACAGUGCCAGCCCACAGGCCCUCACCAACCAGGCCCCCAGCAUCCAGGGGUCCAUCCCCCAGACCCUCGCCAGCCAAGUCUCCAGCCCACCUGGAGUGGCCAAAGACAGCGCCCUCUGCUGUUCAGAAGCAGAAGCCAGUACAGUCAGUGAAUGGUUACUACCAGCUGACUGGCGUAGUCUCUCAUUUGGGAGGCUCCGCAAACUCCGGGCACUACAUUAGUGACAUAUUGCAUGCCAGUGGAAACUGGUUCUGCUGUAACGACAGCCAGGUGUCAAUGUCCAAUGAAGCCACUGUGCUGAGGACCAGAGCCCGGAGUGCCUACAUGCUCUUCUAUAUGUUCAGGUACUGCUUACUCUCACCAUCUAUAUUCUUGUGUUGCUAUUUAUGUAAACGGUUCCUUUCACCCUACAGGGCAAUAGAGCGGGAGGCCCCAGCACACAGGGCCUAACAGGGCCACCAGCAUCAGCCCCAGCCUAAACAGGGGCAGCACCUGGACCAGCCCCAACACCCUCAGACCUGUCUCAACAGGGGUAGUACCAGGCCCUGCCUCAAAACCCCCUGCCCAGCCUCAACACUCACACACCUGCCUCGAAAGGGGUAGCACUUGGCCCAACAUCAACAACCCCGAGCCCAGCCACAACAGGGGCAGCACUGGGCUCAACAUCAACACACCCAGCCCAGCCUCAACAUGGGAAGAACCAGGCCCAGCCUCAACAUGGGCAGAACAAGACCCAGCCCCAACACCCUCAGACCUGCCUCAACAGGUGCAGCAUUCAGCCCAACUUCAAUCAUGCUGCUCUUCAACACUAGCAUGAACAUUCUUUUCAGUAGCUUAUGUCAUAAAUACCUGCCCUUGUUUUGACUACUUCACCUAAUGUAUAAAGCUCAUGUAAAAAAACACAAAGUAUACACACUAAAUGUAGUACACAUGUAGAUGUGGUGGAUAGAGAGUGUGAUUAUUUAGAGGAUAUAACAUCCCUUCUAUUUGGUUUGGUUUGAAAUCCUCCUGUUGUGAAAUACACUGUGGUGUCUAACCUCUUAUUCAGCAUGGUCACACCGGAAGACCUGCAAUAUUAAUAAAGACAAGCAAAUGUAAGAAAAUCCCAUUUAAGAUGAUUCUGUUGACCGUUGUAACUCUUUAACUCAGGAAGAUUUAUCGUCUGGGAUUCAGGCCGGUCCUAACAGGAAACGUGACAAAGGGAAGCAGCUGUAAUGGAGCCUUCUAACACCCAAUCAGGUCUGGAGGAGGAAUGUCACAUAAAGAUUCAGAGAUGCUAUGAGUAUCUUUUGAAGUUACUCUCCAGUUGUAUCCAUUUGAAUAAAUACAGACAUGAAAAUGCUGGGCUACGGAUGUGACCUUGGUUCUGUGAGUAGAGCAACGGGUCACUAAACGACCUAUGGGAACUCCUUCCCUUUAUCGUGAUGUGAUUGAGAUGCUUAAUAUCAACGAUGUUUACAAUGACGCCACACCCUUACUGUACCAUUGUGACCUGUCACUAUUAAAGGAUGUGUGACGUGA